CCUUUACUAAACGUGGAGCUAAAGCGCGCAGCCCUUGCUCGGUCCUUGGGAUCUCGAGAACAGAGACGCUGGAUACAUCAUUUCCUGUCGUGUACGGAACUUAUAAUUCCAGAGGCAAGGAGCGCUUGUUUGACGAAGAACGCAGGUUCACUGUUCUCGUGACAUGGCUGGUUAGGCUUAAAAGGCUGAGCAUCCUUAACUAAUACCAUCAUUAAUCUAAGGUAGAUAAACAUUUAAUUAGGUUUUUCAAGGACUGGCUUACUUAACUUGUCACGAAGAGAUACGAUUCUUUUAUACUUAUGUGACAUUUCUACUAAUCUUCUAACUUCCUUUUUAGAAAAGCCCGAGUUUACAAAGAUGAAGAUUUGUACACGUUUGGUAGGAAACACUUGCGGCAUUUUUCUCCUAUUCAUAAUCAGUUUAUUUAUUAAUGAACGAGAUGUUAUUGCUUACAGAGUUGACACUCUGACAAAAGGUAACACUGACAACCAAACACUCUCCAUUGGACCGCUGGAAGAGGAAAGCGUCUACAAUACCACAAGGAAUUCAGUCUCUUACACUACAAGCAUAUCUGGAGAAGAUUCCACGGCUCAAACCACCGAUAUGCUAGAUGUGCAAACUGCAUCAUAUUCCAGUGAUCCACCAGGAGACUAUACUGACAUGGGAGUUGAUACAAUGAUUGAAGAGGUCAACACAACAGACGGGGAAAACAUGCCAAAAAUUGAUACUUGGAUCCAAACAACUGACAUCUUGGAAAAGGAUAUAACCGUUCCCUACGUCAUUCAUAGUCCAACCAAAUCGCCAUAUGUUCAAAGAAGAGCUUCUUAUCAGCUCUCCGAUGACCAAUGUUUAAUAGAAGACACAGGACUUCAGGUGUGGAGGGACACUCCUCAAGGCGUGAUGCUCUUGAUGACCUCUGACCACGUAUAUUGUGCUCUAGGAGAUGACUGCUUGAGUGAUAAGAAAACCUGGGCGACUGCAAACAGCAUGAACACUGGUGACGUCAUCCAAAUGUAUUUGCAGGAAGGUGAUUGGUUGAAUUUCAGGAUUAUAUCACCAGGAUCGGAAGACAAAGUGGAUGAGGACAGAACUUUUGACGUUGUUUUAAAAAGCACACCAGAAACAACGACCUCAGGCUGCAAAGAGAGCUAUAAAGCACCCCACUAUGUUUCUGAGUGGAAAACGAAACUUUCAGAAGAGUUCAAUGUUAAAUCUGAUCUCUUGACACCAGGAGUUAGAUUGUUUGAUGUGACCCUGAAAACAUCUAAUUUCAACUGUACUCUGGUUUGGAGAUUAAACAUUACAGUUCAGCCGCAGGAGUGUAUGCAGACACCAGAUGAUUUGUUGUGUUCAGGAAAAGGCAUGUGUGUUAGCGACGAGGAAAAGUUGUCCUUCACGUGCCUAUGUUGUUCUAGUUUCACCGGGCGAUACUGUGAAGAACGAGAUGGCUGUCAUGGUAACCCCUGUAAAAACGACGGAUAUUGCGUGGAUAUAACGGAAGGGAUAAGUGGCAGUGCCUACCACUGUUUGUGUCCUUACGGAUUUCGUGGUCAUUCAUGUGAGGAAAAGAAAAGUAUGUGUGACAAGAUACCAUGCUUGAACAACGCCACGUGUAAGAGUAAUGAAACAAGUUACUGGUGUGAGUGUCCAGCAGGAUUUAGUGGUCACAACUGUGAAGUAGAUAUUAAUGAGUGUCUCUCGAGCCCUUGUGUCCAUGGAGUAUGUGAGGAUGGAACGGCUACUUUCACCUGUUAUUGUCUACCUGGUUUUGGAGGUGAUCACUGUGAGUUUGAGUACGACGAGUGUGAUUCAAAUCCUUGCGUCAAUGGAGGAGCGUGUGAAGACCUGGUAGCCGGAUACAGAUGUCACUGUGGUCCAGGCUAUAAAGGUAGACGAUGCCAGAUAAAGGUGAACCUCUGUCAGCCAAACCCUUGUCCUAGUCCCGCCCAAUGUGUCGACCGAGGCAAUAAUUACAGCUGUAUCUGCCAUUCAGACUACAGUGGGGCAGGCUGUACCCAGCACUACAAUCCUUGUUUUCCUAACCCUUGUCAGAACAGUGGUAGUUGCUGGCCUAGUCUUGACUCAUUUUUCUGCUCUUGUCGACCUGGCUACACUGGCGAUCUCUGUGAAGUGGAAAUGCUGUACCCUGCUAAGCCGUUAGCUCGCACCCUUGAAGAUUCUGCUGGAGACAACCUCAUGGAUUCCGUGAACGCACCGAUGGAUCAUCUCCACAACAUGUACAUCGCUGCAGCCACCCUUGCUGGAGCCUGCCUGAUCGUGGCACUCGUAGUGACCUUUUGUCACUGUCGAGUCCACAAGACUUACCAAAGGCUCUUUACCGGGAGUUUUCAUGGAGGUUCGAACUCUGAUGUCAAACAUCUGAGGCGUGAAGACCCAGACAGAUUUUUAUUGAGCCUGCGUGGGAACGUUUCUAAUUUCCGCCCUUGUCCCGACGGAGUCUACGAGGCCACAACUAUUGAUUUGUCAGAGAAUCUUGAUCGGCCACUCAUCGACUCAUAGAAAUUCCGUUGGAUCUUGCUUUCCGUCUCACCUUUUUCGUCCGUACUCCUGUGAUUACGUCACAUCCAGUGUUACCAAUGAGGGUAUUUUACCAUACAGUUAGCCACUAGAGACAUGCCAGAUGAAAUCUUUUACGAAACUGUCAACGAUCAUUAAUUCUUCAAAAUUAUUUUUUAGUUAUAAUUACUUUUGCAAUCCAUUUCCUUGAUAUUUUUACCAAAUAUGGUCAUUACUUUUAAAAAUAAUUAGAAAAAUAAUAUGACUUUAACUUUUUUAUUUUCUUAGAAAAUGCUAUUUUUACUUUCUGCUUUCUAACUGAGUUGUCGUCCAUCCAAUACUUCUCAUUAUCCCGAAGCUUUACAUUGUUGUCUGAAUCAAAUUAUAUAUAAUCUAAAUUUCUUAUCUCGCAUGAACUGAAAUCACAAUUUGUGAAAAGUUCUGGGUUUAAUGCCUUAUUUAGAUAGGUGGAAUGAAUUUUUUCAACGUCAGGCUUAAAUUUUUUUAGUUAUUAUUAGCAACCAAUAAGUGUUUGGUAAAGAAACUAUUUUAAUCAAGCGAACAAUUCACGUAAUAUAUUAAUUGCCAAAUAGUCACUGUAGUGAUCAGAAUUAAUAAAA